CUUUGCACGACCCUUUCCCUAUGGCGUGCAACUGAAGCCUUCGCGAUACCGUGCGAAUGGAGUCCGCAGACAUUAGAAGAUGGAGGUGUUGCGCCGGAUCUGGCACUUUGGCGGUGGCCUUUCUGGCUGGUUUAAGCAGCAGCACAGCGGUCAACUGCACGUCGCCGAACGGGCAAGACGGCUCCUUUUUUAUCGCAUCCCAAGAAGCCGCCGACGCAUUGAACAGCUGCAAGAAUAUCAUUGGAAAUGUCGUCAUCCAGAGCAACGCUGUAGCGCAGAUUACUCUUAAUGGCAUCGAAAUAAUCGAAGGAAAUCUCAGCACCUUAUCCUGCGAUGGAUUGCAGAAAAUCUCGGGCCCAGUCUUGGCACAAAUCACGAACAACUUCACGCUUUCAAGCCUCCCACAUCUCACGAGUCUCGAAUUUCCUCUCUUAGAUAACGUCAAUGGAGGAAUAUACUGGGAUUCAUUGCCAGGUCUUACAGAUGUCUCGUUUGGCAACCUUACACUUAGUCCAGGUGACUUACCAGGUACUAAUGUCGAUGGAGAUAUCUCGAUUUCAAACACAGCUCUCUCUAGCCUAGCGUUCCUUAACUUCACGCACUAUUCAAACCCAGCUCUAAUUUGGAUCAAAGGCAAUCAACAACUCAAUAACAUCAAUCUUACCGGCCUGUCCUGGGGUAGCAACUCAUUGGCGAUAGUAAACAAUGGACCUUCCGCCCAAAUACUUCUUCCGAAUUUGAGAUCUGCUGGAGAUAUUACGAUUGGUAAUGCUGGUCGCGUCGAUAUUCCAUCACUUUCCGAAAUAAGCACAAAUGUUAUAAUAUCCAAUAAUUCUAUCGAUGUCUUCACAGCCCCAAACCUUGCAGCUAUUGGCGGGAACUUCAUUGUCAGCAAUAACUACUUGUUGGAAAAACUCGAUCUCCCACUCCUGACUACUAUUGGAGAUGGCACGGGAAAUGGGAAUUUCGUAGUUGUGAAUAACUCCGCCUUGGACACGAUUACACAUUUGAACCAGCUGUGGCACACCCAAGGAAACGUAACUCUUUCAGGGAAUUUUUCAAACGUCACAUUACCAAGUCUCCGUACGAUCCUCGGCAACUUUCAUCUUAACAGCUCGAAUCCGGCCUUAGACUGUACCGCCUUUGACAAACUGGCUGACCAAACCAGUUGGACAUCUUUCUCCUAUUCAUGCGGUGCAUAUCUCCCAGGAGAAACAAAAGAUAUGGCAAAACAUUAUCAAGUCCCUGAUGGCGGUCUUGAACUCUCAAAGCCUGCCAAAACCAUCAUUAUCAUUGUAUCUGUCGUUGCGGGGUUAUUGUUGUGUGGUUUGUUGAUGCGGUGGUUUGGACGGAAGAGAUCAAGACAAGUGGCUGUGGUGGAAGAAGCCGUGGAUCUGAGAAGUGUGGGAAGUGGCGGAGGUGGGGGAGUAACGAGGUAUGAGGAAGGAGAUGGACUGCCGGAAUAUCGCAGGGUAGGCAAGCCAGGGGAAGUCCCGCCGGAAUAUGUGGGGAACGAGAACGGGCGUGCGCUUCAUGUGGCACCCGGCAAUGUCAACAUGAGAACGUCGAGCGCUGGUUGGGUAAGGGCCAACAGGUGGAGGAGAUUCUGGUAGAAGAAUGAAUCGGCUAUUUGUAGUACACAGAGACCCAAAUAUACCAAUCAAACCCCAAAAACAAGCCAUGUGGUCUC